AUGCUAUUUUUAAGAUCAUUUUUACCAGAAAAUCAUAUAUUAGCAGGCCAAAUUGAAAAACUAUCCAAUAUAAGUAAAUACACACCAGAAAUAUACCAGCCACUUUACAUUCUAAUUAGCUGUUGUUUAUCUUUAGAAUGUCGACCUUCAGAGAAACUUAUGCUUUCUUUCAAGAAUCAAUUACAUCACGGUCAACGACUUAAAAUUACACAUGUUCCUUCUAAUACUAAAGUCACCGAUGCUCUUUGUCGUUGUUUACAACUUAUGCGAACAGUUGACGAACUUGUUAUCGGUGGAUAUAAUUUCUUUUCAUUAUACUCUAAAUUACCAUCUAUUCUUAAAGAGAAUUCUAAGAUCAAAAGUCUUACAAUCAUCGAAUAUUCCAAAUCAGACGAUUUUUCAGAAUUUUUGAAGUCAAUCCCUAAAGAUGGCUUAGAACGACUUAAAUUUAAAGAUGUUAUCUUCCAAGAUUCAAUGAUAUCAGGAUUUGAAGGUAUUAAAUUACGAUAUAAAUUUAGCGAACUUGUUUUUUCAGGAUGUACAUUCACCGAAGAACAAUUUACAAGACUUAUUGGACUUUCAGAUUCAAUCUCACAACUUAGUUUGUUUUCAUUGUCACAUUUGAAAUUAGAUUUUGAAAUUUCUAAAGAUAUGAUCAAUAAGAUUGUCAAAUUACUUUCUAAUUCAGGUAUAUAUUCACUUAAACUGAAAGAUUUGAAUCUUAAUCUUUGUGACAUUUUUAAGUUUUUAUCAGAUGACAAUUUAUACAUUGUUGACUUAGAUUUAUCACAAAAUUAUUGUUGUUCUAAUCUUCCUGAUGACUUCUUCCUUCCUUCUACAGUCAACGAACUUACUCUUCGCAAUGUUAAAUGGCAAGGUGAUUCAUUAUCAAAAUUUUUAUCUGUCCAACCAUUCAGAUCAGUUAUCCGAGUUGACUGUUCAUAUGCACGGUUCGAUAGUCCUCCUCCGAAAGAUCCAUUUUCUACAUUAGUUGAAGUUCCUCCUUCAACAUUCAUUGAAUCAUUUAUUUGGCAUGAAAAUCCUAUUUCUUCUAAACUUUUUCGGUUCCUAUCUAACUUUUCAUACCUUCAUGAAGGUGUUUUCCAAUCAUGUCCUAUCUUAAAAUCCGAUUCAUCCACAAUAUUGGAAUCCAUGAGCAAUUUCAUUCUGAAAACAAAGAUUGCAAAACUUGCUAUCAUCUCUACUAUCCAAAAUUACAAGGAUAAAGGUAUUGAAGCACUUAAAUAUUCAUUAUCACAGAAUCAGUUCUUACGUGUUCUUAAUAUCUCAAACAAUCGUAUUGGUGAUCGCGGUCUUAUGAUAUUAUUAGACAUUCUUAUCCAAAAUCAGAACAUCACUAAAGUUAAUUUCUCAGGAUCUGAUUUGUGUGAUCCAUCAUUGUUUAUUCAGUUUGUUCGUGAUAUUACACAACUUCCAUCAUUAGUUCAUGUCUCAAAACCACAAAAAGACAUCUCAUUCCUUUGUUCUAAGUCAUCUAAAGGCUACGAAACCGAGUUGAACAUGUUGUGGAACAGUUUGACAGAAGCAACUAUGCGAAACACUGAAAACAACAAACCAGACAGCGAAUCUAACGCUAGUUCAGUUUUCGCAUCGCAACCAGUUGACUCGAUUUCUACACAGGAAUCAUUCAUUUUCACAUAUUUGGAAGCAUCAUGGGAAAUUAAUGUCGAAGUUGGUUAUUUCAACUUCGAUGUCGAAUGGAACUGUCUUCGAAAGGAAUUCGACUACUCAACUAUCAUGAAUGUUGAACUUCCUAACAUGGAUGCACUUUCCAACCAACACCAAGACAAUUUAAUUGAUUUUGAACCUGUUUAA